AUGCCAAACAAAGAACCCAACUGGGAACAAACUUACCCCAUCCCGCCCGCACCCUUAGAAAGCUUCUCCGCCGAUGGACAACGCGCUGAAAUCCUCGUCCAUUUAGAAGCCGAAUUCAAACGCGGCCUAGCUGAACUACGUGAUGCCCGCUUAGCACCUAAAGCCCGCAUAGAUAAACUCCAAGCCGAAAUGCACCUCCAACGCCGCGGCCAAGUCCGCUGGGAAACCAUCCGUAACAAAGAUAUUGGCACCCGAGCUAUCUUACAAGAUAGACCUACUCCCACCCACUACGAACAACGAGGCCCCGCCUACAAGAUCAACUUAAAAGAAGAACUUAUCUAUAUCAACGUACAAAACAACCAUUUAUUAGGUGUAACCGCCAAGAAUACCUUGAAACUUUUCACUAUCUCGGCUACAUAUACUCUAGAUAAGAUUUGGGAAGCACCAGGCGCUCUUUUUGUCUUCCUACUAAGAACCGGCGAACUAUCCUUCUCAGUACUUGAUGUUCUAAGUCGAGUCCUUAUCCUUCUCUGCACUAAGAAAGUCCCUAAUACUGCUGAAGUCUUCCAGGAAUUUGUACUCUUCACUCGAGCUACCACCUCUACUAAAGCUUUCUUCCUAGGCGGGUACCUCUGUCUAGCCGGUCAUUUCCAUGAUCUGCGUAUCUUUGAUGAAUCUCUACGAGAAAUCCCACUCGGUCCCCAACGUAAACCCAUCUUAGCUUCCAUCCAAAAACAAGUCCAAACCAAUGAAUGCCGCAUCAACUCAACCACGCAAAAAGAACGUACUCUCAAUCUAGGUGAAAUCACUCUUAAAAUCCGCUCAGCCACCAUUCAAGUCAUUUAUGCUAAAAAGAGUGUCUAUGAAGAGAUCCAUCUGGGUAAAAACGAACAAAUUGUCUUUGCCGAUGGAGUACUCUUCCUUAAGAACCCCAAGCACAUUCACGUUCUAGUCUUUAAAUAG